CACAGACACAGGAGUUAAAAAAAUGGGCUCUCUGGGAACUGAAACUUCAAAGAAAGCAAUGUGGCUAUAUCCAAAAGUUUUGGGGUUUACACCUUCUGAAAGAUGGGGGCACUCUGCUUGCUUUUCCGUGGGCGUUGUGUAUGUCUUUGGGGGGUGUUGCGGAGGGCUUCAUUUCAGCGAUGUUCUGACUUUGGACCUGAACAACAUGACAUGGAGCAAACUGGCAACAACCGGGGAAGGGCCUGGUCCUAGAGAUAGCCACAGUGCUGUUCUUGUAGGCCAUAAAAUGAUAGUGUUUGGUGGCACAAAUGGCUUCAAGAAAGUUAACGACAUCCAUAUCCUAGAUCUGGCCACCCUUGAGUGGGUUCGUCCUGAAUGUAAAGGGAACCCUCCUUCACCAAGAGAAAGUCACUCUGCUACCCUGUUCGGUGACGAAAGAUUAGUGAUUUUUGGUGGUAGUGGAGAAGGUGAUUCAAACUACCUAAACGAUUUGCACAUUCUAGAUCUUCGAACCAUGAGAUGGACUUCUCCAGAGGUAAAAGGUGACUUGCCUGUCCCUAGGGACAGCCACACUACUCUCGCAAUUGGGAACAAGCUUUUUGUUUAUGGAGGAGACUGUGGUGAUCAGUAUCAUGGUAAUGUAGAUAUGCUGGAUCUGGAUACAAUGACUUGGUCAGAGUUGACUGUUCAAGGACCUUCCCCUGGUGUAAGGGCAGGGCAUGCUGCUGUUAAUAUUGGAACUAAGGUCUACAUCAUUGGAGGGGUUGGAGAUAAACAUUACUAUAAUGAUGUUUGGGUGUUUGAUAUCUGCACUUGUUCGUGGACUCAACUUGAAAUACGAGGUCAGCAAACCCAAGGGCGGUUUUCCCACACAGCUGUUGUUGCUGACAUGGACAUCGUAAUAUAUGGAGGGUGUGGGGAAGAUGAACGUCCUCUGGAUGAAUUGUUAGUGUUGCAGCUGGGAGCAGAGCACCCAAAUGGACGUUACAACAUCUCUGUGAGCAAAGUUUUUGGAAGCUGUUGGAAGAAGACCUGCUCAGGCGGGGCAGACAGCAACGUGAAGACAAUGCUCAUGGGGAGUAAUGUGGAAGGUAUAGGAAAGGGAACUUAUGAUUUCGCCUCAGGGAAAAAGCAGCCUUUCCACUUUGAAUCCGAUGCUUCCGAACAGAAGAGGAGGAGAAUUGUUGCUUCCAAGGUGUGGGACGUUGAUUUUGACCAGGAAGAGCAUUCUCUUUCCUUGUCCCAGCAUUCAUCUCCGACUCAAUCCGAUCAAGAACUUAACCCUGCCCAAAAACCCACUGCUUCCACCACGGACUCCCAGCGAUUCCUUACUUUCAAACAGUUAAACCAAAUGCCAAACAAUUCCCAACAUGACAGUGCUUCCAUGAACCCAAAAGUACUGAAGAAUUCGAGCCAUAUGAAUCCCCUGGGCUUUUAUUAUCUAAAACAGCACCGCCAUGUUUAUGAUGCAGAGCACAUGCCCUUGGUACGAGGGCCCAUCCAACACCUGAUUGGCGCUGAAGUUCGAGGGAGAGUCGACGGGGCCUUUGACUCAGGUUUGCUGAUGACGGCCACGGUGAACGGAAAAAUUUUCCGUGGAGUCUUGUUUGCACCCGGAACAGGAACAGUGUCAAGAGGGGUCAGUAUGGAAGCGAGCGGUUGGAUGAAUGGUGCGUGUGGGAUGAACUCAUCAUCAAAUCAGAAGGGGGAGAAUGUGAGGGGUAGCCAGCGGGGAAGUAGUCGUUGCAGGCCUGAGUUGUGUCAGGCGACUCAACCAUUCCCAAUGAUGAGAGCGAAAGGCGCUUCGUCUUUUUCCAGAGAGGAGAAGAUGAUGAGGAGCGAUCUCAGUGGGUUGGCUCUGACGCUUGGAGGACCUGCCAGUGGCCACCACCAUGCCGGAUCAUAAACUUUUCCCCAUUUUGCCACUGAUCACUGCUGCUAUAAUACUAUGUCCUAAGCUCAGGAGCUGUGAACAAAUAAUGCCUUUCCAUAGAAGACCUGGCGUGUGUGUGUGUUUUUGGGAAUUCCUGCCAUGAUCGGAUCCACCAUGAGUUUGUGUAUUAGUCAUCUGGUUUUUAGGGUAUAUCUGUGCUAUGAUCAUAACCAUAAUGAGUAUGGUACCACCGUGAGCUAGGAACUCGCUCCAUGCAUGCACACUCUAGUCUUUGAAUUCAAUCGAUAAGAGUG